AUGGGUUUCCUUUGGAUGAGGCCCGUGUUUGUCACCAAGGAGCUGGCCCAGGUCACAGAGCAGGGGGUGAAAUACAAGCCACUACCUCAGAGUGCCCCUGGAGGCAUCAUUGGGAUCGUGGGAGGCGUCAUCGCCGCCGUCUUCAUCAUCGGCGUGGCCGUCACCGUCAUCAUCGUCUACAGGCGGCAGCAGAAGAACCGCUCCGACACCGACACCGACCUGAUUGACCUCCCUCCAUCCCACAAACCUGCCCCUCCACCAAAGAGGAAACAGGACAUGAAAAGCCACCUGACUCCAGAAGACAUCCAGGUUGUUCACUUGGACAACAUGAAACACGAGGAGGAGAUCCAGAAGUUCCCUCUGCAGACUCCCUACUACGACAUGGCAGCCCCUGAGCCCUCUCCCUACAGUGACAAACUGAACUUUGGAAAGUGUCACUCAGAGAUAUCGAAUGCGAGUGAUUACCUGACCCGCUGUUACUCACAUGAAGAUCGAUAUCUGGAGAAGAUCCCUCAUGUCUAUGCCCCCUUGUCAGACCUCCCACAAGAUCUUUAUCCUCACCAUUCCGACAUCUCCUUCUGCUGCCCACCUCCUGGCUCCCGGGCUCCUUACAUCUGUCCUAAGGAACAGUAUGUUUAAAGUGUCAACACAGAAAAAAAAAAAAAAAAAAAAAAAAAGGAAGAAACUCAUGGUUUUCACCUCUCCUGUUGCCCAACAACCAAGGCCUUUCAGCCCCUCCUCCCUUUGCCAUCGCUCAUUUUAUUGAUUGAUUUUUAAAUCCGGGUGCAAUUGCCAUGAUUAGUUCCAAGUGUCUGCCUGGCUUGCUAAUGCUUAAGGGAACACUCUGCCUUCUCCCACGUCCUCUCCAGAACCUGCAUCUUUCUUUUCUGCUCCUGGCUCUGUGUGUGCAUGUGUCUGUGGGUGACAGCUGCCCUGUGGUGGAUGGGAUGUGCCCAACCCAGUCCAGUGUCCGUCGGUUCUCCCCCGUGUCGAUUCCCGCACUCUCUGCACCGCGGUGGCCGGGUGUGGAUUAUUCACAGCCCUGGCUGCAGCUUGUGUGAGGUUUUACAGCACAGCCAGUGCUCACAUCUGAGGCUGUGGAUUUUUAUUUCUUCUUCUUCUUCUUUUUUUUUUUUUUUUUUUUUCACCCCCUGCUCCUUUUCCCCCUCGGAAGUGGGGACAGCAAAUCCCCGUUUGUGAAGAGCUAAACAGCCAAGAUUGCUGAACCAAAUCAUAAGAUGCUUAUAAUGAAAGAUGCUCAAAACCAACCCAAAAAUAGAGAUCAGGACUUGGUUUAGGCGGUUUGUUUCUGUCCUUUUCCCUUCCUGCUCCCACUCCCAAUCUCUUGGAUUGACUCUUUUAAAGGGGACAUAUUUUGGAGUCAACAUAUUUGGAGAAAGCAGCCUUUAAAUAACAGGUCUGAUAACCUGAAACCCAAAGGAGAAAAUAAUUAUAAAGGAAAACAUUCUCUCUAAUUUUCCUUUCAAAGCCUAACCUGGCCCCCCACGAGCUUUUCCCCCCUCUCUUCCUCACAUCUGUUGAUUGGAAUUUUAAAAUUAACUCAGGCAGAAUACAAAAAAUAAAUCAAGAUUUCAGGUAAUCUCCUUGCUCUUAAAGAAGGAUAAAAGCCAAUAGAGGAAUUUGGCCUUUUAACUUUUAUAAAAGCAUCUUAGUUUUGGGACUACACCUUUUUUUGAUAUUGGAAUGUUUGUGGGUGUGUAAAUCCAAACGUGUGCAUCCCUGUGACCACAAAGUAUUUUAGAGAAGGGAAUUUAUCUCCACAUCACAUUUGUGUUCACUUGUAUUAGAGGAAAAAAUAUAAAUAUCGAUAUACACUUCAAUGUAUAUAAAAGCAAAGAAGAGGAAGAGGAGGCCAAGGAAUGAACAUCCUGCCUAAGAGCUUGGUUUCAGGGAUAACUUCCAUCUGUUUCACCCAUGGCAUGGAAGAGGUGACAGCUGGGAUGGUUCUGAACAAGGGGAUAAAGCUUUGUGGCCAGAGGGCAUUUCCUUUGGCUCACUUUGGGAAUUUGGCAUUGUGCAGACACUAAAAUCCCUCUGGAAAACGUGAGGAUGCUUGAGCUGAGGGCACAUGGGAGGGAGAGGUGGGCACCACGCCCUUAUCCUGCUGCCCAUGCACACAAAACCCGGCAGUGCUGCUCGUACAGGUGAGAAAUGAACCUGCCAGCAGGUGCCAGCUCCUGCCAGAGGAGCUGUGGCCACACAGAUGUCCCAGCCCAGCCUCCCUCACUGAGGAACCCCUUUGGUUUUGUCCAUCUGGAUCUCAGCAGCUCUGCUUGCUCUCUGUCCCUGCUGUGUCCCCGUCCCCUCACCCUGCCUGUCCCUCCUCCUCCCCAUCGUGGGCUCCCUGCAGGCUGACAAACCCACGGGGAUGUGGCAGAGGAGUCUGUACCCUGCUCAGUGGGGCAGAACAGCCCUGUGGGGGAUGGCACCAUGGGCAUGGAUCCCCCUGAAUGGCAAAAAACCAGCCCUGGCUCUUCCCAGCCCUUCCCCAGUGCACGCUGCCACUCUGUGCUCGAGCCAGGACGGUGGCUGGUCACCAGGACAAGGUUUGUGGGGGGAAUUGCUGCACCUGGAGAGGUGUUUUCAUAACUGACAGGUGGGUGCAUCAGCUGAGCGAGCUGGGGGUGCCUGGCUGGCUGAGGAGUGGAUGAAGGGGAAUUUUUGGUGCAUUUUUUGGCCAAGCUGGAAUGGGCAGCAGCAGCUCUGCCACGUGCUGGUGCAUGGAGCACCCUGGUUCCCAAAGGAUCAGGGGAGUAUCACCAGGACACUGCCUUAGAGCACUCCCCACAGCUUUUCAAUCCCAGCCUGCCAGCCCUGGCUGAUGCAAACCUUUCUGGAAUCGUUGGUAUUCACAUUUCCUCUGCCAGUCUCCAGAGGAUUCAGCCGGUCAUUCCCUCACGCCAAAGGACUCCAGUGCUCCGUGUCUCGGUUCAGAAAAUGCGUUUUUCUCUCUGGUUUUCUCCCCAACACACCUUGGGUACUUCCUGCUUACCACAGAGCUGGAAACUGCCUGUGCUCUGAACUGAAGGCACAGACACCACAUUCACCCCAUGCUGAAUCUGCCAAAUCUGCCUUUGCUCCCUCUCUUUGGAAAGGUGAGGAGGUGCUGGAAGCCCCACGGGUCUCUGAUGUCCUGGAAUCAACCCAGCACCACUGCCCAUGAGGAAAAAGCAAGGAAAAAUCCAUUCCAAACUUCCCUACCUUGCAUGCCUGGAAUAGCAGAGCGCUGCCUGUACUGUGGUUUGAUUUGGAGCAUUCACCUGAUGUGGUUUCAGACAGAUCCAGGAAUUUAAAUGAGAAGUGGAAUAUGGUCUUCAGAUACAAGAGGAAAGAAGCCAGACAAAAUGAUUGCUUGCCAGAGGAGGCAGAGAACACGUUGCAGGUGGUUUUCUCUGCUGCCCAUGUCUGGGACGAGGAUCCUUUGAUGAGGAAGGGGAAGGCAGGGAUACAAACUGCAGCAUUACAGAGAAAUUCUGCUUGCCUUGUGCAGCUUUGAAUCUGAGCUGCCCACAGAAGUCUGCCACAAAGGGUUUUACUGGGCUUGCAGCAAAGCAAAAGGAUUUCAAUCCUCCUUGAAAAGGUAAAAGGCAGGAGAAGCCUCAGUUCAAAGCAGAAUUUUGACUUAUGCCAGCACAGGUAUUUAGUCUAGGAAUGUCUUGGUUCUCUCUGCCUCUCCUGAAGAGCUGGGCUGAUCUCAAAAAAAAUGGCAAGAGGGACUCACCACACACCACCAAAUUCCUUUGCACCCUAGGAAAAGGGGGGAAGCCCUGAAGGAAAACCCUGAAGUAAGAAAUAGUGAAUCCACUUGUGGUUUUACAAAUCUGUGCUUGGAAAUGGUUCUGGCUUGGGGCUCAGUCCUCACUCCCUUUCCCUACCAGCGUUUACCCAACAGCUCUUUCCAAACCUCCCUGCAUCUGCUGCCACGGACUUACCCUCACUUUGCUCCACCAUAAGGCUGCCCUUGCCUGGGGGAGCUUGCAGGUGCUGAAAUCAGGGUCAAGAGGAGGUGUUCUGCUGCUGACAUGGUGCCAAUUGACUUUAACAGAUCCCUGCUCUGGAGACUGAGCCAUCCAGCAGCGUUGUUGGGCGUAGAUUGCUGAACAAGUCCAACUGGAAACUGGUGGAGUGGGAUCCAGUGGGCUGGCAGUGCAUGGGAGGAACUGGUGUUAUAGGAUAGAGAGUCAUUUAGGUUGAAAAGACCUCUAAGAUGGAGCUGUUCUUCCUGUUACCAGGGUGAAAUGUCACGGGUUCUGUUCCAUGUGUUGGUGGCACUGACACCACAGCUCUUGCAGAUGGAAAAGACUGAUCACAGAACUUAAAUAAAAGUGAGCUGAAG